UGUUCAGCUGCUGGAGCUACGCGCGCUGCAUUUUAGCGCGGCUGCUGGAGCCAGUGCUGCCCACCACGCUUUUCCAAACGAUGGGCGCGCUGCAAACUGUUUUUUAACGCGCCGCGCGUUGGGCGGCUGUUAGAGAGGGUCUAACGGGAAGGAAAUAAUCAAUCAAAUCGGAACCCUCGAUCCGGAUCCACCUGUCGGAACGUCGUGCCUCCCACGGCAUCGCUCUCGUUUCAGUCUCUCACCAUCUCCACGCGAUAUAUAUACCGCCGCAGCUCGACUCCGUCUUCUCCAACCUCGCAAGCUUCUUCUCCUGCUCCCUUUCGGUCUCGGCUUUCCUUCCUGACGCAGGCCUUAAAAAGGACCCAGCCGCUCGGCGCAGCGCAAACCAUCAGCUGAUCGAUCGUUUCCUGUGUGAAUUGUGCAAUCGAUCCAUGGGUAACCACCAGAAGCUCCUCAACUUCCUCCGGCCGGACCCUGCCGCGGUGGCCGCAUGCUCGCCGAGGUCCUUCUCCUCCUCCUCCGCCUCCGUGUCAGAUGACGAUGGGUAUAGCUGCUCGUCCUACCCGACGACGGACGGAGACGCCUCGCCGUCGCGCUACGGCGGCUCGUCGACCCCGCCCACGCCCAAGUCGCCCUGGGCGCACCUCCCUGGCCUCGGCGCCGGGGGUGCCGUUGCCGAACCGGGCGCGACGGGCCUCAUCGCGUCGCUGGUCAAAGAGGACGGCCACGUCUACUCGCUGGCGGCCACCGGGGACGUUCUUUACACCGGGACCGACUCUCGGAACGUGCGCGUGUGGCGUGACCAGCGCGAGCUCGCCGGGUUCAGGACCGCCAGCGGCCUCGUCAAGGCCAUCGUGGUCGCGGACGACGGCCGCAUCUUCACCGGCCACCAGGACGGCAAGGUGCGCGUGUGGCGCGCCGACGCGGACAACCCCGCCGUGCACCGCCAGGUGGGAUCGCUCCCGAAGCUCAAGGACUACCUCAAGAGCGCCGUCAACCCCACCAGCUACGUCGAGACGCAGCGCCGGGGGCGCCAACGCGCAGUGUGGCUUCGGCACUCCGACGCCGUGUCCUCCCUCAGCCUCAACGAGGGCGCUGGCCUGCUCUACACGGCCUCCUGGGACAGGACCUUCAAGGUGUGGCGACUGUCGGACUCCAAGUGCCUCGAGUCCGUGAGCGCGCACGACGACGCAGUGAACACCGUGGCCGCCGCCGGGUUCGAAAGCGUCGUGUUCACCGGGUCGGCCGACGGCACCGUCAAGGUGUGGCGGCGGGAGAUGGCCCCGAAGGGCGACGCGACGAGGCAUGUCCUGGAGACGGUGCUCAGGAAGGGCGAGGGCGCGGUCACCGCCAUCGCCGUGUCGCCAGAGGACCGCGUCGUGUACGUGGGCUCGUCGGACGGGCUGGUCACCUUCUGGCACUGGGUCGACGGCGAGGCGAGAUACGGCGGUGUGCUCAAGGGCCACAGGAUGGCGGUGAUGUGCCUGGCGGUGGCCGGCAACGUCGUUGUGAGCGGCUCGGCCGACCGGACCCUCUGCGUCUGGCGCCGCGACGGGGCAGAGCACGUGGGUCUCGCCUUGCUGGCCGGACACACCGGGCCGGUGAAGUGCGUCGCCAUGGACGAGGAGGCCGCGGCCGCUGGUUCGGGCGGUGAUCGGCGGUUCGUGGUGUACAGCGGGAGCCUCGACGGGUCGGUCAAGGUGUGGCGCCUGGCGGACGCGGAAGCAGAGCCGGCCACGACAGUGCGGGUGACGGAGCGCACAGCAGCAGCACCGGCGCAGCCGUCGCAGGUGUGGAGAGGCCAGCCGGCCCCGGCGGCGUACGCGGAAGCGUGGGCGCCGUGCCAGACGCCGGAGCUGAAGCGCGUGCGCGUGGCAGCUGCGUGAGGUCGAAGCAAUGGUACGUGCCCGCAUGGAAACAAUGUGCUGGCCACGGUUCUGCAAGGAAGGAGGAAACAGAGGAAAGAUCGUCGAAUGUCCCUUGUGGUGAACGAUGCGGAGGGUACCGUGAUCGCGAAAGAAUGAGAAGCAGUUGAUCCGUAGCAUCUCUAGUGCAAUCGUCCAGCAGCAGGUUCAGCAGUCAGGAGCCAUUUUGGACCCCUCUUGGUGAAGGCCUCCUCGCUAGGGAAGGCUCUAUUUUUUAAAGUUAGAGCACGUACAGCCGGACUUAACAAAUCAUGCCCCUCAAACGUCUGCAAAUGCGCCCGGACGCGUCCGCGGGCUUGAAAGUUACUUUGUCAUGGCAAUUAAGUUAAAUUUUCCAUGGCAAAUUGAAAAGAUAAUUUUGUGAUGCUAAAAAAAGCUUAAAUUGACAUUGCUGUAAAA